UAUUACUUCUAGCCAGAAUGGAUUCUGAGAAAAGAGGAAAAAACAACAUAGUCCUGGCGUCUCUUCCCCGGAAGUAUCUCAGCAAAUAAAACAGCGCAGUAUUUGUGUGCAGCUCCGUCUGUUUGGUCCGAUCCAACCAGUUAAUAGUUUACACCGCAACUAUGUCUACCGAAAAAUGCUUCGUCGAUGGAAGUGCUGCCCCUGGUCCAGUGCAGCCAGACCGGCUGCGUCUCUACAGCAUGAGAUUCUGCCCUUUUGCCCAGAGAACCAGAUUAGUGCUCCAUGCCAAAGGGAUCAAGUUUGAAACCAUCAACAUCCACUUGCAAAAGAAACCUGUCUGGUACCUUGAAAAGAACCCUGAAGGUCUCGUGCCGACUAUAGAGACACCUGCUGGUGAAGUGGUGUAUGAGUCUUCUAUCACCUGUGAGUACCUGGAUGAAGUGUACCCUGAGAAGAAACUGCUUCCUGCAAUUCCUUUUGGAAAAGCCAAGCAAAGGAUGAUGCUGGAUCAUUUUUCCAAGAUAAUACCACACCUCUUCAAGAUCUCAUCGGCGAAAAGAAAGGGUGAUGAUGUGUCGGGAUUUGAAGCUGAGCUAAAAGAGAAGUUUACCAAGUUAAAUGAACAUUUGGUGAAACAGAAGACAAAGUUCUUUGGUAGUGAUACCAUAACCUUCAUCGACUACAUGAUGUGGCCCUUCUUUGAGAGACUAGGGAUGUUUGGUGUGCAACACUGCCUGGACCACACACCUGAGCUGAAGAAGUGGACUGAACGCAUGCUGGAGGACCCAGCCGUUAAAGCCACCAUGCACAGCACAGAAAAUCACAAAGUCUUCUUCAACAGCUUCCUGGAAGGAGAGCCUGACUAUGACUAUGGCCUGUAAAAAACGAAUAAUCAUGAAUAACAGGCUGCUUUUGUAAUCUUUAGCAUUUGUACUCUUAAUGGCUACCAUAGGAUUUAAAAGUUCAAAUAUAAAUGUAUCAGGUUUGAACAAGUAAAUAUACAACUGUAAUCCUUUAGUAAAGCAUACAUUUUUAAAAUAUGAA